AGUUGGGAGUUAGGGCUAUUUAAGACAAAUUUUGGAGGGAAAGGUAAUCUCCAUCCUUUAAAUGCAACGACACUGUAAAUUCCGGCGAUCUUCCUUCCACCGGCCGUCUUACAACACUCUUCGGGGAUCAAAUUCAUCCGAUCUUACUCCUCAAAAUACCCAAAAUCCUUACAGCACAAUCACCACAUCUUCCUCUUCAAAUUCACCAUGGUUCCCCUUCAUUCGCAUCGCCAUUGCCCGAACCGACUUCCUGUUCGGAAAAUCGGUUCACGCUCGCAUCAUAAAACACGGACACAACGCAUCCGACCGCUUCCUGACCAACAAUCUCAUCAACAUGUACUCGAAAUGCGGCGCCAUUAAUCUCGCCCGCCAGCUGUUCGAUGUAAUGCCUCAACGAGACCUUGUUACGUGGAACUCGAUUUUGGCAGCGUAUGCUUCGUGUGGGGAUUCUGAUUUGGAAAAUGUAGAAGAGGGGUUUCAUCUUUUUAGGCUUUUGCUUAGAGCAAAUGAUGUUUCUUUGACGAAGAUGACUUUUGCACCCGUUUUGAAGUUGUGUUUGAUGUCGAGUUAUGUUUGGGCUUCGGAAUGUGUUCAUGGGUGUUCUGUGAAAGUUGGGUUGGAAUCGGAGGUGUUUGUUUCCGGAGCUCUUGUUAACAUUUAUAUCAAGUUUGGGAAAGCGAAAGAAGCGCGGUUGAUGUUUGAUCACAUGGCGGAAUGUGAUCGGGACGUUGUGUUAUGGAACGUGAUGCUGAAAGCCUAUGUGAAAAUGGGAUUUCAAGAGGAAGCGUUCCGUUUUUUGUCAGAGUUUCAUCGGAGUGAGGUUGUAUGUCCUGAUAUUGGCACCUUGCAGUGUGUUCUUAACGGGUUUCCUGAGAAUAAUGACACAAAUAGGAAGUAUAAGGAGCAGGUGCAAGCGUAUGCCGUUAAGUUAUCUUGGACCGAUGAUGAAAUUUCAAAGGCGGUAUCGUGGAACAAAAUCAUGUCCCAACAUUACCAGUUUGGUGACUAUCGGUCCGCUAUCAAGUGCUUUCUAGACAUGAAUAAAUCAAACGUAAAGCAAGAUGACGUUACAUUCAUCGUGUGUCUUGCUACUAUAGUGCCACUUGGCGAUCUAAGAUUGGGUGAACAGAUUCAUGCGAUGACAGUGAAGUCAGGUUUUGAAACCAAUGUUAACGUGUCAAAUAGUCUUAUUAACAUGUAUUCAAAGAUGGGUUGCUUAGCGUCAUCAAGCGGAGUAUUCUUUAAAAUGGAUGAAACCGAUGUUGUUUCAUGGAACUCGAUGAUAAACAGUUACGUUCAAAGCGGUUUGAUGGAAGAAUCGUUUAACUUGUAUAUGGAUAUGUUACACAAGGGAUUAAAGCCCGAUCAUUUCACAUUAGCAAGCGUGUUAAGAUCAUGUUCUUCGCUUUCUCGAGGGUUACACUUAUAUCUAACCGAACAAAUACACACUCAGGCUAUGAAGAAUGGACUCGAUGGUGACACAUUUGUUUCCACAACGCUUGUUGAUUCUUAUUCUAGAAACGGAAAAACGGAACAAGCAGAGUCCCUUUUUCGUGAUAAAGACGGGUUUGAUUUGGGAUCAUGGAACGCGAUGAUGUUUGGAUAUAUAAACAGUGGCGAUGUCCGUAAAGCAUGGGAGCUCUUUACUCUGAUGCACAAAAACGGAGAGAAAGCGGAUGAGAUAACGUUAGCAACCAUGGCUAAAGCGUGCGCGUUUCUCGUAAGUUUAAAACUCGGUAAACAAAUUCAUGGUUAUGCGUUUAAACUCGGGGUCGAUCAAGAUUUAUAUCUUAGUAGCAGCCUUCUUGAUAUGUACAUAAAAUGUGGAGACAUGGAGGAUGCCCACAUAUUGUUUGAUGAAAUCGCGUCUCCGGAUGAGGUUUCAUGGACUUCUAUGAUCUCGGGAUGCGUAGAAAACGGAGAUGAAAACCGCGCUCUUGUAGUAUACCAUAAAAUGACGCGAUCGGGCGUGUUUCCCGAUGAGUUUACUUUCGCUACGUUAAUCAAAGCAUGCUCUUACUCAACUGCAUUAGAACAAGGAAGACAGAUUCAUGCUAAUGCAAUCAAGUCAAACUGUGGUGUUGAUGCUUACGUCAGCACGUCACUUAUCGACUUUUAUGCCAAGUGUGGCAACAUAGAAGAGUCAUAUCGGUUAUUUAAACGAACCCGUGUCGACAAUAUUGUUAUAUGGAAUGCUAUGCUAGUAGGAUUAGCUCAAUACGGACAUGGAAAAGAAGCUCUCGAUCUUUUCAAUGAUUUGAAAUCGAAUCCCGAUUUGUCACCUGAUCGCGUCACGUUUAUCGGAGUGCUUUCGGCUUGUAGCCACUCGGGUUUAGUUUCCGACGCGUAUAAGUUUUUUGACUCGAUGGUUAAAGAUUACGGUAUCAAACCGGAAAUCGAGCAUUACUCGUGUCUUGUCGAUGCUUUAGGUCGAGGUGGACGCGUAAAAGAGGCUGAAAAUUUAAUUACAACAAUGCCAUUUGAAGCCUCCAGUUCAAUGUACCGAGCCUUGCUCGGUGCUUGCAGGGUUCAAGGCGAUAUGGAAACCGGAAAACGCGUUGCAACGAAGCUUCUUGAACUCGACCCGUUCGAUUCUUCGGCUUAUGUGCUUUUAUCGAACAUUUACGCUGCUUCAAAUCAAUGGAGUAAAGUAGCCGAUGCGCGGAAAACAAUGACCAGCAAGAACGUUAAAAAAGACCCGGGGUUCAGUUGGAUUAACGUAAAAAGUAAAGAUCAUGUGUUUGUUGUCGAUGAUCGAUCACACCCACAAUCUGAAAAAAUAUACAACAAGAUUGAAGAUAUGAUGAAACUGAUAAAAGAAGAUGGAUAUGUUCCUGAUACAGAUUAUGUGUUGUUAGAUGUUGAAGAAGAAGAAAAAGUAAGGUCUUUAUAUUAUCAUAGUGAGAAGCUUGCUAUCGCGUUCGGGUUGUUAAGUACACCUUCGUUUACAACGUUGCGGGUUAUAAAAAACCUUCGGGUUUGUGGCGACUGUCAUAACGCGAUCAAACAUAUAUCUAAAGUUUGUGAAAGAGAAAUCGUGCUGCGUGAUGCUAAUCGGUUUCAUCGGUUCAGUAAUGGGGUCUGCUCUUGUGGUGAUUACUGGUGACAAUGAAUCCGGUUAGAAUGAGAUAUAAGAGAGAUGUAUUAUUUUUAGCUGUUUUUCAAUAAGUCCAGUUCUGGAAGGCAUUUGGGGUGUUCAUAUUUGAAAUUGUGAAAUCGCCCAAACCGGUUAGUUUUUUGGUUUCAAUGGUGGUUUUUAAAUUUUA